CGCCGCCUCUCUCCUCGCCCCCCAUCCCUUGUUAGUCAAUUAACCAACCAAUCGAUUCGACCUCUUUAUCUCACUUUUCAUCCGGACCCAUAUGUCAAAUGUUUGGUGAUGAGGUUGCCACUGUGGUUGGAUAGAAUCAGUAGAACAACUAAUCAAUCAGUGUAUGCGCUCGUGAUGAUAUCUUUAACGUACUGAAGUUAUUGCGGUCAAGAUCCCGUUCUGAAUAAAAUCUUCAAAGAAGUGUAGCUUGAGUCAGUCGCUUUAAUAAAUACAAGAAGCAUGUCACGGGUUUCCGGCAUGUGGGGGCUGGCGCCUGGCUGGCAGGGCAAGUGGAGGUGGAGCUCGUUUGCUUCGGAUUGGGUUCGGGAGUUCCGAAUCUAAGGCUAAGGGGGUCCCAGGUGGCAUGCCAUGACUAAUCAGUGAGUUCCCAAUUGUUGGCCCGGUAUGACGACGGUCGGCAACUGGUCUGAUGAUGGCUGCGUCCAUGAUGGUGGUGAGCACACUGGAGCUGGAAGCAUUACUCCCUCUUCGCAAUGUUUGUCCACGGCCACCGUGUACAGCCGUUAGGUGGUGUCAUAUUUUGUCGUGUUGUUUCACGGGCAAUUGUGGUUGAUGUUUCCAAGGCUGCAACUUUUGCGAACAUGGGUGCAGACAAUGUUGUUUCUGGUGGGAAAACAAAAUUGCAAACGAGGUGAUAACAUCUAUGGCUCGGAUUCAACUGAUGCUGCCAAGUCUAUGGAUGCGGCGAUUGCCCCAGCCAUUGACAUGAAACUUCCUUGGGCUGCUGUGAUUGGAAACCAUGACCAAGAGGGUACCCUGUCGCGUGAGGGUGUGAUGCGUCACCUUGUGGGCAUGAAGAACAGCCUCUCAAGCUUCAAUCCGGGAGGAAUUGAAAUUGAUGGUUACGGCAAUUAUAAUUUGGAAGUUUCUGGGGUUGAAAGAACAUCACUGGAUGAAAAAUCAGUGCUCAACCUGUAUUUUCUUGACAGCGGUGACUAUUCUACUGUGCGCUCAAUCAAGGGUUAUGGUUGGAUCAAGGCUUCGCAGCAAGUCUGGUUCCAGCAAACAUCUUCAAGACUACAGAGAAAGUAUAUGGAUGAAAACCCAAAGCAGAAGGAGCCAGCACCUGGCCUUGUGUUCUUCCACAUUCCACUGCCGGAGUUUAGCAGCUUUACAGCAACCAAUUUCACAGGAGUGAAGCAGGAGGGUAUCAGCUCACCAUCAAUCAACUCUGGUUUCUUUGCCACCAUGGUGGAGUCUGGAGAUGUGAGGGCUGCCUUUGUAGGACAUGAUCACAUUAAUGACUUUUGCGGGACGCUCAGUGGUAUUCAGCUGUGCUAUGCUGGUGGAUUUGGUUACCAUGCCUACGGGAAGGCCGGGUGGUCAAGAAGAGCGAGGGUGGUGUCUGUGCAACUUGAGAAGACAGAUAGCGGUGAGUGGGGAGGAGUGAAGUCCAUCAAGACAUGGAAGAGGCUUGAUGAUCCCCAUCUCAGCACAAUUGACUCUGAGGUCCUCUGGAACAGAGGCUCUAAUGGAACCUAUUUUUUCAACACCACUACUAAUCUAGGAAUUGCCAAUUGACAGGGAGGCGCAGGAAGAAUCCUGAUGGUAGUUAACUCAUGAUGCGGACGGCAAAUGGUGCGCCGUAUGGGAUCUCUGUGCAUCAGUGUGUAUUGUUGGAUGGACAAUUUACCGUAGAGUUGCAAAAUACAUAAGUGUAGAUGGAGGGAAAGAAGAUCAUAUACGGCAUGUAUACACAAGUUUUGCACUUAUAUUUUUCCCUGUUUAGAAAAUAACGAACUACAGAGUAAUUGUAAUUCAGUACAACGGUCAACCAUUGCAAGGGCUUAAAUAUAGUGCAAUGGUCAAAGGAAAAUGAGAAUGCAACGCCAUUGCAGUCC